CCGGUGCCCUCCCCCCCGGCCAUCAACCCCCCCGUCCAUUUCCAGUCCCCACCACCCGUGCCUGGAGAGGUACUCAAGGUUCAGUCCUACCUGGAGAACCCCACCACGUACCACCUGCAGAAGUCGCGGGACAAGAAGUUUGAUGAGGUCAUCGAUGACAUCAUGCGCCUGGAUGACGUUUUGGGCUAUAUGAACCCUGAAGUCCACAUGCCCAACACGCUGCCCAUGUCCAGCAGUCACAUGAAUGUCUAUAGCGGGGACCCCCAGGUGACGGCCUCCCUCGUUGGUGUCACCAGCAGCUCCUGCCCUGCCGACCUCACCCAGAAGAGAGAGCUGACAGAUGCUGAGAGCCGAGCCCUGGCAAAAGAGCGCCAGAAGAAGGACAAUCACAACCUGAUUGAGAGACGGCGAAGGUUCAACAUCAACGACCGCAUCAAAGAACUGGGGAUGCUGAUCCCCAAGGCCAACGACCUGGACGUGCGCUGGAACAAAGGGACAAUCCUGAAGGCGUCUGUGGACUACAUCAAGAGGAUGCAGAAGGACCUGCAGAGGUCGCGAGACCUGGAGAACCACUCGCGGCGGCUGGAGAUGACGAAUAAGCAGCUGCUGCUCCGCAUCCAGGAGCUGGAGAUGCAGGCACGCGUCCACGGGCUGCCCACCUCCUCGCCCUCGGGCGUCAACGUGGCCGAGCUGGCUCAGCAAGUGGUCAAGCAAGAAGCCAGCGGGGACGAGGGGACACUGGAGCCGCUGCUGCCACCCCUGGACCCCGAAUCGCAGCCGCCGGCGGCGCUGCCUCCGCCACCGCAGUCUCCCUAUCACCAGCUGGACUUUACCCACAGCCUGAGCUUCGAUGACGGCUCCCGGGGCUUCCCGGACAGCCUGGAGCCCGGCCACAGCGCUUCCUUCCCAUCCCUAUCCAAGAAGGAGCUGGACUUGAUGCUGAUGCAGGACACCAUGCUGCCCCUGGCCUCCGACCCCUUGUUCUCGGCCAUGUCCCCGGAGGCCUCCAAGGCCAGCAGUCGCCGGAGCAGCUUCAGCAUGGAGGAUGCAGACAUGCUGUGACGAGGAGCUGCUCCGGCGCCGGGGGCGAGGACUGGACCGUCAAGUUUGGUUAGUGAAGUUACA